AUGGCUCACAACCCUUCCGUCUUCUACCUGGGAGGCGUGUGGCCAAAUGAUAUGUUGUGCUUUUUCUCGGCAGGCACCAGGGAAAUGGAAGACCACAGUAGCAUCGUCCUCCCUGUCAUUUUUGGCAUAAUUUGCCUGGUGGGCACUGUAGGGAACAGCAUUGUGAUCUACACCAUCACCAAAAGACCCAAGAGAAACCACAACACUGCAGAUGUCUUCAUCGUGAGCCUCUCCAUCACAGACCUCCUGUUCCUGCUGGGCAUGCCCUUGCUUAUCCACCAGCUCCUAGGGAAUGGGGUCUGGCUUUUCGGGGCUACCAUGUGCACCAUCAUCACUGCUCUAGAUGCCAACAGCCAGUUCGCCAGCACGUACAUCCUCACGGCAAUGGCCAUCGACCGCUACCUGGCCACAGUACACCCCAUCCGCUCUGCCUACAUGCGCACCCCCGGCACAGCCGCCCUGGUGAUCUUGCUGCUCUACUUGCUGUCGCUCCUAACCAUUGUGCCGGUGUUCAUGUACACCCAGUCCAUUGUUCUGCCUGGCAGCAAAGCUGGGUGUGGCAUCAUCCUACCCAACCUCUCAGUUGAUAUCUAUUGGUACACGCUGUACCAGUUCUUCCUGGCUUUUGUCAUCCCGCUUUCAGUCAUCUGCAUUGUGUACCUCAAGAUACAGAAGCACAUUUCAUGCAAGGUGCUGCCGCUGCCCCAGAGAAACUUCCGAGCCAGGACUAAGAAGAUCAUGCGGAUGGCAAUAACCAUCUGCUCUGCCUUUUUUAUCUGCUGGGCGCCCUAUUACAUCCUGCAGUUGGUCCAUCUCAAAGUCACCCAGCCCUCCAUUAUGUUCCUCUAUGCCUAUAAUGUAGCUAUCAGCUUGGGUUACGCAAGCAGCUGCAUCAACCCAUUCAUAUACAUUGUAUUGAGUGACACUUUCCAAAGGAACCUGGUGAAGGCAAUCUGCCCAGGCCAGCAGGCCAGAAGAGGUGACAGACAUGCCCCUGGGAAAGUCAGUCCCUCUGUGAAAAUAAGUCCUGGGCCAAAUCAGGAGACCGAUCUUAGCAUGACAUACGCUCAUAAUAUAGACAAUUGUAUCGCUCUCUCGGUCAUGGUUCCUUAGAGGUAACCUGCAUGAUUUAGCUGAGUGAUGGCUAGGUGGUACAAAUAGGUGUAAAAACUUUUUGAGGUUGUAGACAAAAAGAAGGGGUUAGCCUUGUCUUAAGGCACACAUCCAGGAGUA